CACAGGCGGCGGCGGCGGCGGCUGCUGCUGGGACCGAGGGAGCCAGCAUGACCAGGCUCUGAAAAUACUUCAUCUGAAAUUUCAGACCGGACAGAUUCGCAGUGGCUUCUAAGCCAGUGAGAACAAGGCUGCCAAAGCAUGCUGGUGCCAAGCUGUUGGAUGAUGCACGUAGUCAGGCCAAUGGUGGUGCUCCUAUGCUUGCUACUCUAUGCUGAUGCUGAAACACCACCAAAGUUUACAAGAACUCCUGUUGACCAGACAGGAGUUUCUGGAGGAGUCGCCUCAUUCAUCUGUCAAGCCACAGGAGAUCCAAGACCUAAAAUUGUCUGGAACAAAAAGGGAAAGAAAGUCAGCAAUCAGAGAUUUGAGGUAAUAGAGUUUGAUGAUGGAUCUGGAUCAGUUCUCAGAAUACAACCACUGCGCACACCACGAGAUGAAGCUAUUUAUGAAUGUGUGGCUUCCAAUAGUGUUGGCGAAAUAAGUGUGUCCACGAGACUCACUGUUUUACGUGAGGAUCAAAUUCCCCGAGGUUUCCCCACCAUUGAUAUGGGCCCACAGCUGAAGGUGGUUGAACGAACUCGUACAGCUACCAUGCUAUGUGCAGCCAGUGGCAAUCCUGAUCCUGAAAUAACUUGGUUCAAAGAUUUCUUACCAGUUGACACAAGCAACAACAAUGGCCGCAUCAAGCAGUUACGCUCAGAAUCUAUUGGUGGUACACCAAUAAGAGGUGCCCUCCAAAUUGAACUGAGUGAAGAAUCUGACCAAGGCAAAUAUGAGUGUGUUGCAACCAACAGUGCGGGUACACGCUAUUCUGCCCCUGCCAAUCUAUAUGUCAGAGAGCUGCGAGAAGUUCGACGGGUCCCACCGAGGUUCUCUAUCCCCCCCACCAAUCAUGAGAUCAUGCCUGGCGGGAGUGUAAAUAUCACGUGUGUUGCGGUGGGGUCACCAAUGCCAUAUGUGAAAUGGAUGCUAGGAGCAGAAGAUUUGACACCUGAGGAUGAUAUGCCAAUAGGGAGGAACGUCCUUGAGCUUAAUGAUGUCAGGCAGUCUGCAAACUAUACUUGUGUUGCUAUGUCUACCCUUGGUGUUAUAGAAGCAAUAGCACAGAUAACUGUCAAAGCCUUACCCAAACCUCCUGGAACACCUGUGGUGACAGAAAGCACAGCAACAAGCAUAACAUUGACUUGGGAUUCUGGAAACCCUGAGCCAGUUUCUUACUACAUAAUCCAACACAAACCCAAAAACUCUGAGGAGCCAUAUAAAGAAAUUGAUGGGGUGGCCACAACACGCUAUAGCGUGGCUGGCCUAAGCCCAUAUUCAGAGUAUGAAUUUCGGGUAGUUGCUGUAAAUAACAUUGGGCGAGGGCCACCCAGUGAGCCUGUGUCAACAAGAACUUCAGAGCAAGCACCUUCAAGUGCACCACGCAAUGUGCAGGCCCGUAUGUUGAGCUCUACCACCAUUUUGGUACAGUGGGAAGAACCUGAGGAACCUAAUGGACAAAUACAAGGUUACAGAGUUUAUUACACCAUGGACCCCACUCAACAUGUCAACAGUUGGAUGAAGCACAAUGUGGCUGACAGCCAUAUUACCACUAUUGGGAAUCUGGUACCGCAGAAAACAUACUCUGUGAAGGUUCUUGCUUUUACUUCUGUUGGGGAUGGACCACUUUCUAGUGACAUUCAAGUCAUCACUCAAACAGGAGUGCCUGGUCAGCCACUGAACUUCAAAGCAGAACCUGAGUCUGAAACAAGCAUAUUACUUUCCUGGACACCUCCACGCUCUGAUACCAUUUCCAGCUAUGAACUGGUUUAUAAAGACGGGGAGCACGGGGAGGAGCAACGCGUUUCCACUGAACCUACUACAUCUUAUCGCCUGCAAGGCUUAAGGCCAAACAGCUUGUACUUAUUCCGUCUAGCUGCACGUUCUCCACAAGGCCUGGGUGCUUCGACAGCAGAAAUCUCAGCGAGAACCAUGCAGUCCAAGCCAUCAGCUCCUCCUCAAGACAUUAGUUGCACAAGCCCCAGCUCCACUAGCAUUUUGGUAAGUUGGAAACCUCCACCGGUGGAAAAACAGAACGGCAUUAUCACUGAAUACUCCAUCAAGUACAUUGAGAUUGAUGGAGAAGAUGUCAAGCCCCAUGAAAUUUUGGGAAUUUCCUCGGACAGUACCCAGUACCUUUUGGAACAGCUGGAAAAAUGGACUGAGUACCGGAUCUCUGUGACUGCCCACACUGAUGUUGGACCUGGCCCAGAGAGCUUAGCAGUAUUGAUUCGGACAGAUGAAGAUGUUCCUAGUGGUCCUCCUCGCAAAGUCGAGGUAGAGGCUGUCAACUCUACUGCUGUUAAAGUGUCAUGGCGCUCACCUGUACCCAAUAAGCAGCAUGGUCAGAUCCGAGGAUACCAGGUCCACUACGUGAGGAUGGAAAAUGGAGAGCCAAAAGGUCAGCCCAUGCUGAAGGACAUCAUGCUGGCUGAUUCACAGUGGGAAUAUGAUGAUACUACUGAACAUGAAAUGAUAAUUUCUGGGCUUCAGCCUGAAACUACAUACUCCUUCACUGUGACAGCUUAUACGACAAAAGGUGAUGGAGCACGCAGCAAGCCCAAACUCAUAUCUACUACUGGUGCAGUUCCAGGCAAACCUCGGCUUGUGAUUAGCCACACACAGAUGAACACGGCUCUAAUUCAGUGGCACCCUCCUGUGGACACUUUUGGCCCGCUGCAGGGUUAUCGCUUGAAGUUUGGUCGCAAAGACGUGGAUACAUUUACGACCAUGGAGUUCUCAGAGAAGGAAGAUCACUUCACAGCCACAGACAUUCACAAAGGAGCUUCUUACGUCUUCAGGCUCUCAGCUAGAAAUAAAGUGGGCUUUGGGGAGGAGAUGGUUAAAGAGAUUUCUGUUCCUGAAGAGGUACCCAGUGGAUUUCCCCAAAAUCUCCACUCAGAAAGCUCUACUUCUACAUCAGUUCAAUUAACUUGGCAGAUGCCACUCAUGGCAGAGAGAAAUGGCAUUAUCACCAAAUACACCAUCUUGUACAGAGAUAUCAAUGUUGCUUACCAGCCAGUUGAACUCCCUGUUGUUCCUGCUGAUACCACUAUGACACUUUCUGGCUUAAAACCAGAUACCACAUAUGAUGUAAAAGUACGUGCCCACACAAGCAAAGGGCCUGGUCCAUAUAGUCCAAGUGUCCAGUUCAGGACACUACCCGUGGAUCAAGCAGUGUUUGCAAAAAAUUUUCAUGUUAAAGCAGUAAUGAAGACUUCUGUUUUGCUGUGCUGGGAAAUUCCAGAAAAUUACAAUUCAGCCUUGCCUUUCAAAAUCCUUUAUGAUGAUGGGAAGAUGGUGGUGGAGGUUGAUGGACGUGCUACUCAAAAGCUGAUCACUAACUUGAAGCCAGAGACAUCAUAUUCAUUUGUGCUGACAAACAGAGGGAAUAGUGCUGGGGGUCUUCAGCACAGAGUGACAGCAAAGACUGCACCAGACGUGCUUCGCACCAAGCCAGUCUUCAUUGGAAAGACCAACUUAGAUGGCAUGAUAACUGUGGAACUUCCAGAAGUACCUUCAAAUGAAAAUAUAAAAGGUUAUUACAUAGUUAUUGUGCCUUUGAAGAGGUCUCGUGGAAAGUUUAUCAAACCAUGGGAGAGUCCAGAUGAAAUGGAACUAGAUGAGCUGCUUAAGGAGAUAGCUAGGAAACGCAGAAGCAUUCGUCUUGGGAGGGAAGUUGAAUUAAAGCCAUAUAUUGCAGCUCACUUUGAAGUUCUUCCUACGGAGUUCACGUUGGGGGAUAAGAAGCAUUAUGGUGGCUUUGAGAAUAAGCAACUGCAGAGUGGUCAAGAAUAUGUCUUCUUUGUGUUGGCUGUAAUGGAGCACUCAGAAUCUACCAUGUAUGCAACCAGCCCAUAUUCUGAUCCUGUUGUGUCGAUGGAUCUUGAUCCCCAACCAAUUACAGAUGAGGAAGAAGGCUUGAUUUGGGUGGUUGGACCAGUUCUUGCAGUGGUGUUUAUCAUCUGUAUUGUUAUUGCUAUACUUCUUUAUAAAAGCAGUAAACCUGACAGGAAGAGGGCUGAAUCUGAUUCUAGAAAGAGCAGCAUACCCAACAGCAAGGAGGUCCCCUCUCACCAUCCCACAGACCCAGUGGAGCUGCGACGCCUUAAUUUUCAAACUCCAGGUUCAGAUGUCUCCGGUUACCUCGGUAACCUUCAUUCUUCAAGCAUGGCCAGUCAUCCCCCAAUACCUAUCUUGGAACUUGCUGAUCACAUUGAAAGAUUGAAAGCAAAUGACAAUUUGAAGUUCUCACAGGAGUAUGAGUCUAUUGAUCCCGGUCAGCAGUUCACAUGGGAACACUCUAACCUGGAAGUAAACAAACCAAAGAAUAGAUAUGCGAAUGUAAUUGCAUAUGACCAUUCACGUGUUCUGCUGUCAGCAAUAGAAGGCAUACCAGGCAGUGACUAUAUAAAUGCCAACUACAUAGAUGGAUACAGAAAGCAGAAUGCUUAUAUAGCAACGCAAGGGGCAUUGCCGGAAACUUUUGGUGACUUCUGGAGAAUGAUGUGGGAGCAACGGGGUGCAACUGUUGUCAUGAUGACAAAACUAGAGGAGAGGUCCAGGGUGAAGUGCGAUCAAUACUGGCCAAGCAGAGGCACAGAAACUUACGGACUAAUCCAAGUGACUCUUUUAGACACUGUUGAACUGGCAACGUACUGUGUUCGUACAUUUGCACUUUACAAGAAUGGUUCAAGUGAGAAAAGGGAAGUGAGGCAAUUCCAGUUCACUGCCUGGCCUGACCAUGGUGUCCCAGAACACCCGACACCAUUUUUGGCUUUCCUGCGACGAGUCAAGACCUGCAACCCACCUGAUGCUGGACCUAUGGUUGUACAUUGCAGUGCUGGAGUCGGCAGGACUGGCUGUUUCAUUGUGAUAGAUGCCAUGUUAGAGAGAAUAAAGCAUGAAAAGACUGUAGAUAUUUAUGGCCACGUAACUCUAAUGAGAGCGCAGAGGAAUUACAUGGUUCAAACUGAGGACCAAUACAUCUUUAUCCAUGAUGCACUGCUGGAAGCAGUGACGUGUGGAAAUACCGAAGUGCCAGCCAGAAACCUGUAUGCAUAUAUCCAGAAGCUAACACAGAUAGAAACAGGCGAGAAUGUCACAGGAAUGGAACUGGAAUUUAAGCGUCUUGCUAGCUCUAAGGCUCACACUUCAAGAUUCAUCAGUGCCAAUCUUCCAUGUAAUAAAUUCAAAAAUCGCCUUGUCAAUAUUAUGCCAUAUGAGUCUACAAGGGUAUGCUUGCAGCCAAUCCGAGGAGUAGAAGGCUCUGAUUAUAUUAAUGCCAGUUUUGUUGAUGGAUACAGACAACAAAAAGCUUACAUAGCUACACAGGGUCCUUUAGCAGAAACAACUGAAGACUUCUGGAGAAUGCUCUGGGAGCAUAAUUCUACAAUUGUGGUCAUGCUCACUAAGCUACGAGAAAUGGGCAGAGAAAAAUGCCACCAGUACUGGCCUGCAGAGCGCUCAGCCAGAUAUCAGUAUUUUGUGGUAGAUCCAAUGGCAGAGUACAACAUGCCACAGUAUAUUCUGAGGGAAUUCAAGGUUACAGAUGCAAGGGAUGGCCAGUCCCGAACAGUGAGGCAGUUCCAGUUCACUGACUGGCCAGAACAAGGAGUGCCAAAGUCUGGAGAAGGAUUUAUUGACUUCAUAGGCCAAGUGCAUAAAACAAAGGAGCAGUUUGGUCAGGAUGGACCAAUUUCUGUUCAUUGCAGUGCGGGUGUUGGAAGGACUGGAGUAUUCAUAACCCUGAGCAUUGUGUUAGAAAGAAUGAGAUAUGAAGGUGUUGUAGAUAUCUUCCAGACUGUCAAAAUGUUAAGGACACAGCGGCCAGCCAUGGUACAGACAGAGGAUCAAUACCAGUUCUGCUAUCGAGCCGCACUGGAAUAUCUGGGCAGCUUUGAUCACUAUGCAACAUAAAAACCCAUCGUGGAUUUUUAUUGCAGGCCCUUUAAGAUCCAGAGAGCCGCUUCUGAGCCAUACAAUGUGCUUUAGAAGUACUUCUUAACUCUUAGCUAAGGAGCGAUUAUUGGGGAUAUAUAAAAUAAAAAACAAACAAAAAUAAUGGGGAUAUAUAAAACAAAAAAAAAAACAAACAAAAAAAACAAACUAUUCCAUGUGGACCAAGAAUUCACAGUUUAAUAACCUAACCAUAAUAAAAGAAUCCUGACCACUGAGGCGUCUGAAGGAUCUCAUUUGCAGAUACCUCAAGGGUUCGACAUUGGUUGAAGUUAAAGGGAAGAGGAAAUUAAUCAAAGAAUGAUCAUCUUGUUCAGGAUUGCAUGCUUUUGCAAAGCAGAAUUUUGAGAGAACUGCAGUUCAGUGCAAGAUGUUUGUUAAAAGGUUGGGUCCUGGCUUCUCAAACAAAGCGGACUCUUUACUUCAACAUCACCCCUUCCGAUCAUACUGCUCAUCAUAACACUUUAGGGAAAAUGUGGGAAUGUUUAAAAAGAAAGUCCUUGAUUUAGUUUUUUAGUAUUGUAAAGAUACUGCUGACCUGUGCUUCAUUUUUAACUGUGUAAACUUUUUCCUUUUUUUAACAAGAGUUUAUCAUUCAAUGAAGUGAAUUCAAGAAAAGGUUGCAUAACUGUUAAUCUCUUUGUUUAAAAACUGUAGAUUUUUUUUAAGCUGUAGAACUGUUACCUGUAAUAUU